AUGAGCACGAAUGUUCGAACCCUUCGCUCGUGCGCCCUAGUCUGCAAGGAUUGGACACCGGCCGCACAGAGGAUCCUUUUUCACCGCAUCACCACGCGAAUUAACGUCUUCUCCCAGAAGUCCAUUCUUGACCUCGAUAGGUUCUUGACACAGCAGCUCAACAUUGGAAAUCGCAUUCUCUCUCUCGAUUUAUCCGUUGCCAUCUCACCUUCAGACACAAAGCCCAAGCCUAAAGUACUCACCUUAUCCGUGACGACUUUGGAACAGAUGCUUUCCCAUUGUCCCUACCUCUAUCACCUCGGCCUCAACAUCGAUACACCCAGUUUCGAGGAAGAUGAGGUCGCUCGUCUGUCCGCACUGCCAGUCAAAGUUCGGUCUCUGGACGUCAUCUUUCGGUGCGAUAUCACGAAGGCGCUCGCGCAGCUGUUUUUCAUCUGGCCGACAAUUCGUCAUUUCAGUUACCGGAAUCCCUACGGAAUGGAGAUGACCAACCCUGCUGAAGUUCUUCCCGAACGACCUCCGUUUUCGUUAUACGAGCUCUCACUUCAUUCAGACCCAGACCGCUAUGUGCUGGACUGGCUGGUUCCUCCGCCCAACGAAAGUGAGACGAAUUUCCAACCGUCGUUGCGUAUCCUCGAAGCUUCUAUGCCCAUGGUAUUCGAUGAUAGUCAGUGGGACUACAAACCAUUCGCCCCCUUCCUGCUUUCCUUGCGGCUCUCGCACCCCCCUCAGGACGGUCUAUCGUGGCACGUUCUUGAUGCCUUCAACAACUUGGAGGAGUUGGUUCUCAGGGACUGUCUUGCUGGGCACUGGACGAUUCGCGCCCUGCCGCCGACGUUGAAGCAUUAUAGGUACCACAGGUCUGGCCGUCCCGAGGUGAAGAAGGCUAGAGCGCUUCUGCUUGCCCAUGCGGUGCUUCUACUCUGCCCGAAACUGGAGAUGUUUACGAUGAAUUAUGGUCCGAAGGGGCCAUACAGGGAAGUGUUCAGGGACUUUGAGAAGUUGUGCGCAGGAAGGAAGAUUGCUUUCAAUGUGGACCCACGGAUACAUUUAAUGUCCGACUACCCUGUCCCCGUCGACAGGUUCCCCCGCCUUCGUACUGUGGACAACCUUUACCAGAUGAAGAGGUGCUAA